CAGCAUUAGCUUCCAAAAAGAGGAGACUUGAGCAGAGAGGAAGAGCUGAUGGAGGGAGAACUGGAUUCAAAAAAACUAGCAGAACGACGAGUCGCUGUGGCAGAUAAUCUGAAGGCUGAUGGAUGUCGUCCUCAGUAACGGUGGAUCAUCAGGGACCGAUGAAGUUCCUCCUCGGCCUCCUCUGCAGCCGCUCCUACAGUGUGUUUGUCAGCUGCUUUUUGAUGCUUCCGAUCUGAUUUUCUACGACAUGUUCGUGGUGUUGUUCCGGAUUGAAGUCCACCAUGGAGUCCAAGAUGUUGGAGUUGAAAGACUUUAAAGAUCACAACAACGACCUGAAGACUAAAAUGUGCAGUUUGAAUCUGAUUCAUGACAUCUGUGAGGAGACGCUGCUCUCUAGUGGUCAGAUCAGGACCCGUCUGCAGAAGAACAUGCAAUAGAAGAAGCAGCUGCAUCGUCGUAUCUUAUCGUCCUCGGUGUUUCCCCCCUGAUAUGGCCUCCUCCCCCAUGCUGGACGCCGAUCCGUUACCGCUGCUUCAGCUGCAGGAGGUCGACUCCAGCAAAGCCCCAGAGAGGCCCAGCUCCCCGGGGCUGCUGCCCACCAUGUACAGCCCUCCGCUGGGCGUGGACGGCCACACCGUCUGCAUCCCGUCUCCGUACACCGACACCGACCACGACUUCGGCCACGGACCGCUGACCUUCUACAGCCCGUCCAUGCUGAGCUACACCCGGCCGAGCAUCAGCGACAGCCCGGCCUCGCUCUGCACCCCCCUCAGCCCGUCGGCCUUCUGGCCCUCCCACGCUCACCCCAACGUCCCCCAGCUGACCCUGCACUGCACCCAGCCUCUGGUCUACAACCAACCCAGUCCCCAUGCACCCUGGCUGGAGCCCAAAGGCCACAGCAUCAACCACAGCAGCUCCAUCAUCGGCUGUAACAAGCUGCUGGGGAAGAAGUCUGAGGACGGGCUGGACGGAGUCAAGUCGUCCUCGUGUUCGUCCACGGUGGGGAAAGCCGACAUGCACUUGUGCGCCGUUUGUCACGACUACGCGUCCGGAUACCACUAUGGCGUUUGGUCCUGCGAGGGCUGCAAGGCGUUCUUCAAGAGGAGCAUCCAGGGACACAACGACUACAUCUGUCCGGCCACCAACCAGUGCACCAUCGACAAGAACCGCCGUAAAAGCUGCCAGGCCUGCCGCCUCCGCAAAUGCUACGAAGUGGGCAUGAUGAAGUGCGGUGUCAGACGUGAGCGCUGCAGCUACCGAGGAGCUCGUCACCGUCGUGGAGCUCUCCAGGCUCGGGAUGCAGCCGGUCGGGGUCUGGUCCGGGUUGGUCUGGGCUCCCGGGCUCAGCGCCACCUCCACCUGGGCCCCCUGUACCCCUUGCCCCGGGCGACCCACCAUCACCGCUCGGCCAUGAGCCCCGAGGAGUUCAUCUCCCGCAUCAUGGAGGCCGAGCCGCCGGAGAUCUACCUCAUGGAGGACCUGAAGAAGCCCUUCACCGAGGCCAGCAUGAUGAUGUCGCUCACCAACCUGGCCGACAAGGAGCUGGUGCUGAUGAUCAGCUGGGCCAAGAAGAUCCCCGGCUUCGUAGAGCUGAGUCUAGCAGACCAGAUCCACCUGCUGAAGUGCUGCUGGCUGGAGAUCCUGAUGUUGGGCCUGAUGUGGAGGUCGGUGGACCAUCCGGGGAAACUCAUCUUCUCUCCGGACUUCAAGCUCAACAGGGAGGAAGGCCAGUGCGUGGAAGGCAUCAUGGAGAUCUUCGACAUGCUCCUCGCCGCCACGUCUCGGUUCCGUGAGCUGAAGCUGCAGAGGGAAGAGUACGUCUGUCUGAAGGCCAUGAUCCUCCUCAACUCCAAUCUGUGCAGCAGCUCCCCUCAGACUGCUGAGGAGCUGGAAAGCAGGAACAAGCUGCUCCGUCUGCUGGACUCUGUGAUCGACGCUCUGGUCUGGGCCAUUUCCAAACUGGGUCUGUCCAGCCAACAGCAGACGCUCCGGCUGGGUCACCUCACCAUGCUGCUGUCGCACAUCCGCCACGUCAGUAACAAAGGCAUGGACCACCUGUCCACCAUGAAGAGGAAGAACGUGGUUCUGGUGUACGACCUUCUGCUGGAGAUGCUGGAUGCCAGUACAUCCAGUACAUCCAGUACAUCCAGUACAUCCAGUACAUCCAGUACAUCCAGUACAUCCAGUACAUCCAGUACAUCCAGUACAUCCAGCAGCAGCAGCAGCAGCCAGACGGCAUCAUCCUCUCCCACCUCCGACAGCUUCUCCGACCAGCAGCAGUUCGUCCCGCUGCCGUCUCACCUGGGAUCGGACCAAAGCGCUGAUAAUACCGCCGCCGUGCCUCCACAUGGAGCCGCCGACGCCACCAUCCUGGACAGACACCUGCAGGCUCCGCCCCCUUCUCAGAGUCUGGUGGAGUCUCACAUGAAUGACUAUAUCUCAGCAGACCACUGGGUUGUGGACACUUGUGGCGUCGCUCCAUCAGUGGAACCAACGUCCUUCAUGAUUCCUGACCCGGAUGUCAUGGAAACCUCAUUAGUGACAGAACUGAAACAAUGACACUGAACCUUUCACCCCCAAAGAUCCAGCAAAGGGAAAAAAACAAACAAACAAAAAAAAAAAUAAACAAGCUAACAAAGUGCUGUCGUGAGGUAAAGUUUUGUUUUUCUCGUUGAAAUGUUUUUAGUCUUUCAAAAAACAAAAAAAGAACGUUUUUGAUCGAAUGUAUAUUUAGUGUUUUGCGUAACUAUUUCCUCUUGUGAAUGUGCACUACAGUCGGUGUUCAGGGACAUCGCUGAACUUCUGCCAGGCGGUCUGUGCUCUUUUUUGAUAUCCGGUAUUUGUAUGUUUAUUUUUCACGUCGGUGUGAACAUCCAGAACAAGCCGUGUGCUGAAGGGAGCAUGUGGUUCCUCACCUCCACGCUGUGGUGUUUUUCCUUCUACUGCCGUGUUCUUUGGUGUUCUACUCGGAUUUUUCUACUCUUUGUACAAACUGUCAGUGGAGUCGAGAAGCAGCAGUAUGUGGCCUUUUUACCAAAAUGACUGUUAAACUUGUUCUCUGUUCGUCUGGUUCAACCGAGGCUGAAUUUACACGACGUCACGUGGCACAAAUCUGCUCCUUUUACUCCCAAACACCAGCAGACCGAGACUAAUUUAAACCAAAUAUCCAAUAACAGCAUGCUCUAAAACAGACUAUUAAUCCUAACCUGCUCACUAUGGCUGAAAAAAUAACUUAUGUAAAAAUCUAAAUUGCCUUUUGAAACAGUGCAAUUAGCGAAAGGCUUCAGUUUAUGACAUUUAUUCUGAUAAAUUCAUGUCUUUUUUCUUGUGUGAUAGACUUUUCAUGGUACUUCAUGUGGUCACGCUUAAAUACAGUUUGACUUUUAAAUUCUUUUAUUGCAAAUCAAAUAUCUGUCAGAAAAAUUUUAUAUUUUCUUUAAACUGUCACAUCUCCAUAUAAUGAUCAUAAAAUAUAACAAUCAAACCUAAAUGUUAGCAUGUUUGUUUUGCAGAAUCAAACCACCCAGCACCAGCAAAACACAAUAAAAAAUCACGCUUAUGUUUAUUUAAUGUAUGUCCUGUAAACUUUAAAUACUAAUAAGUGAAGUGCUGUUAGCCUUAGCUGUACUAAAAUGCUACUGCUAGCGAAUUCCUGUGCUAACCAUUAGCUUUUAGAACAAUGAACUCAGAAACCCACUAAUAUGCCAAGACAAAACCGUCACACAAUCUGUUUAUUUACUGUAAAAUUUAAACACUUGUAAGUGAAGCUUUUUUCUACAAAACAUUUAUUCAAACGUUUUUACUUUAUGUGCUCUGACACUAAAAACUAAAACAUGAACUGCUGCUAGACUGUAGCUGCACUAAAUUGCUAAUGGCAGCAAACUCUUAUGCAAACAGAAUAAUAAGCUAAUAAGUGUGCUAACAUGCUACGAGAAAUCAAAUGCAUAUUUGUUGUAAGAAUACUUAGUGUAAACUAUAAAAAUUACAAAAAUUAAACUCUAGCUUGAGCUGUGCUACCACGGUAAGGCUAGUAAAUUGCCAUGCUAAUCAUGAUGCAUUCAGUUAGCAUAAUAAGCUAAGAAACAUGCUUUUAUGCCCAGACAAAGCUGGCCCUAAAGCUUCAGCUUAUUUACUUUCUGUGUAUGCAGGGAAACCGUAAAAAAUGAUAAAUGAAGUCUUUCUAACAUUAGCAUUAUAAAACUAGCAAAUUACCAUGCUAGCUGUUAUGUCCACAGAAUAAUAAGCUAAACCUGAUAGCAUGGCAAAACAGAACAGUCGUUAAAUCUAGUGCUUAAUUACUGUAUUUAUGUAACUGUUAAAAAACUCAUAAAUGAACCACUGCUAGCUAUGUUAGCAUGGUGAAGUUAGCAAAUUACCAUGCUAAUCUUUAUAUAUAUAUAUAUAUAUAUAUAUAUAUAUAUAUAUAUAUAUAUAUAUAUAUAUAUAUAUAUAUAUAUAUAAAAAAAAAAAAUACUACAAUGCUAACUUUUAUGUGCACUUUUAACAUAAGCUAAGAAACAUGCUAUACAGCAAGACAGAACAGUCUCUAAAGCCAGUGCUUAUUUACUGUAUGUAUCCUUGACUUAAAUUUUAGAAACUAGUAAAUUAUGUCCUGCUAGCCUUAAGUGUGCUAACAAGCCAAAGCUGGGAAAUUGUCAUGCUAACAGUCAUGUACACAGUUAGCAAUAAACUAAGCUAAGAAACACAGUAGACAAAACGUUCAUUGAACCUAAUACUUAUGCACUCAACUUAGAAAGCUAACAAAUUCUAGCCUUAGCUGCACUGAAAUGUUACAACUACAAUGCUAAGUUUUAACUUUGCUAAUAUGACACAGCUGGCAAAUUACCAUGCUUUCACUGUAAUGUAUCAAAUGCUAAUUUUAAAUACAGACCUAAUAACAAGUAUAUUUUUUGUACUUAAACUUCAGUAUUUAUAAAUACAUGCAAUUCUCUAUAUAAUUUUAGGAAAAGAUGCCCUUUAAACAUUAUAAAAUAACCAGCCAGACCAUGAUAGAUUUUAGCUCAUUUAGCAGGUUUUCACAUUAUAUUGUAAUUUAGUGACUAUUGCAAUAAAUUAAAAAGGUCCCAAUCAAAGUUAUUGAGCAAUUCCCCAUUUAUUAGGCUGAUUAAGGCAAAUCAAUGUUAUCUGUGUAUUUGGUUGUUUUGUUUACCUUGUCCAACUAAAAAUCUAAUUUUCUCUUUGCUGUAUCGUCUGAGGUGAAUAACGGGAGAGAAAAAACCUGAAUAUCAUCCGUCCAGAGUCUCUUUCUUUGUUUUGGCUCUUGGACCUCAAACUAUUCGUCUUCUUACACGUAAAACCCUUUUUGGUUUCAUUUGUUGAAUUCGGUUCAAGAAGAUUCAAAUGUCUUCAUCCGGCCCAACAAACUGAGACGGCUCCAGACUUUUAAAUUAAUCGUCCCAAACGCACCGUUGAGAUGCUUUUUGGACGUCCGGUGGGUGAAACGUGCCACGGAGCUGCUGUGUAGAUCCAGCCUGGUUCCAGACGGUUAUCUAACCUGCUGAUAGAUGGAUCCAUGUUUACUCUCCUUUCUUUCCUGAUGUCUGUGGCUUGUAAAUGCAUGAACACUCGGUAAAACAUGCAGCAGCGGCACAAUCGUGGCAAACACGGUUUUAUUGUCAAUCCAAAAACAAAAAAAGACAAUGUAUACAUCCCAUAAAUAAGAUCACAAAAUAAAUCAAACUUUACACA